GUGCUGUGCAUUGUGGGUAGUAACCCGUUCUUCGCCCGCUGUGUGUGAGGCAAAGGUGGCGUGAGAGAGCCAGCGUGGGCCCAUGGUGAGGCUCGUCUCCUCUGGGAUUUCCCGCUCCCUGGGCCUUGGGGUCGCCGAGGGGAUGGGACCAGAGCUCUGGCAUCGCCUCUUGUUCUCCCUGCCGCUGUGGCUUCUACUGCCGCCUGGGGCCCUGGGCUUUGCUUCUUCCCUGGAUAGCGAUUUCACUUUCACUCUGCCCGCCGGCCGCAAGGAGUGCUUUUUCCAGCCCAUGCAUAACGAGGCCUCGCUGGAGAUUGAGUACCAGGUUUUAGAUGGAGCAGGUUUUGAUGUUGAUUUUCACCUGAUGUCACCAAAAGGCGAAACUCUUGUUUUUGAACAGAGGAAAACCGAUGGGGUCCACACAGUGGAGACGAUUGACGGUGACUACAUGUUCUGCUUUGACAACACAUUCAGCACCAUUUCAGAGAAGGUGAUUUUCUUUGAACUGAUUUUAGAUAAUGCAGGAGAAGAAGAUCAAGAAGACUGGAAGAAGUACAUUACUGGCACAGAUCUUCUGGAUAUGAAACUAGAAGAUAUUUUGGAAUCUGUCAACAGUGUGAAGUCUAGGCUCAGCAAAAGCAUUCAGAUCCAGAACCUGCUCAAAGCAUUUGAAGCUCGUGAUAGAAACAUACAAGAAAGCAACUUUGAUAGGGUAAACUUCUGGUCCAUGGUCAACCUGGCAAUAAUGGUUAUAGUGUCUGCUGUUCAGGUUUACAUGCUGAAAAGUCUCUUUGAAGACAAAAGGAAAACUAGAACUUAACAGCCUUAUGUGAUAACAGCAAUAAACAGGGGAAAAUGCAAUACCAUGCUACAGAAAAGGAGAUGGAUGUUACUUCCCAGAUUGAACAGAGGAUACUUGAGUUUCAAAAAUGACUCUUCAUUAUGGACAAAAAGCCUUUCCUCAACAUAAUUGCAAUAGGUCAGUUUUUAGAUUUGUUGCAAAAGUUAAUACUUGUAAGAAUCUCUUAUGCCAUUUGUAUUGCACAAAAUAUUCUUAGCGUUUGCUAUACCUGUAAAUAAUAUGUCUUAAUCUGUCAACCCAGCUACGACAUUUUAAAUGCGGCAAACUUGGAUUUAUGACAUUAUGAAUUGUAUAUUCGUUCAGUAUUUGAGUCUACCUUACUUGGGGAACUCAGGAAAAAAAAUCUGCUGUAGGUGAACUAUACUGUUGAGUCAAUGAGUGUCACUGGUCAUGAGCAACCACUCUUGUGGCUUAGUUGCACUAAUAAAAAAUUCAACAAAGGCAUCUAAAGGGUUUCCAGAUCCUAUAUGAAGUAGCCUGUUGCUUUCAUAUUCAAGUUCAGUAUAAUAUAAAGUUGGACUCCUAUAAGGGUUAAAGCUGAAAGUCAUUAAUACAAUAUCAGCUACUAGAAUCCUAGCUAGGAUUGUUGAGCUAAUGUGCCCAAUCCAAACUGUAUUUUUCUUACAACUGAUUCUUAUGAAACAAAACUUCAGAAUUAGUCUGAAGGCCAAACUUGAUGUUUAGCCAUGAGCACUGAAUACUAAAUAUAUAGAGAGCGAGUCCUGAAAUGGUGCAAAUAAUGCUCCCUCCAGCUAUUUUGGCUUAGGAAAACAGCACAAGAGGGAAGCAGAGACACCCCCCCCCCUUGCUCUCUGUGUUGUGGUCCUGAGCUGAAUAUUUCCCUAGUACGCUUCCAAACUUCAUUUCCCUCAAGUAAUGUUUGGCAGUGACACAAUCAGAGUUGACUCUGGGGGACCUGAAACCUGUGGCCAAGUAUCUCAUCCAAUUUGGUGCUUAAGACUAGGACUGAAAAGUGUACAUUUGAUAUACCAUUACUUUGAGCUGUGAACUGAAAACAAAAUGUUACUGGUUGCAUGUUGGCAUUUUAACUCUGUAAAUGCCUGGGCAUACUUUAGCAAUCCACUUUCAGAUGCUCAUUCUUAGCAAUUUAGUUUCAAUUUACGUAACUUUAGUCUUCCUCCCCCAUUAAUUUUCCAUACUGAUUAACAGAAAAAUCUUUUUGCUGCAAGUAAAUGUUAUUUCUUUAGUAUGUUUAAACUAGCACCACUAACUCUCCCUUAACUAUUCACAAGGAAUACCUGGGGAACUUAAUCAUAUUGCUCCAACCAGAGUUAUAGCUUUUAGGAUAACAAAAGAGGUUGCGACAGUUAAUCUGAUUCCAUUGCUAAUACAAAUAUUUCAGAGUGACCCUACAGGAAAGGCUAAAUAAAAUGUGUAUUUUAUA